GUUCAACAUCUGUCUGAAAAACGGUUCUACUUAGAAAUUCUGAAGAAACAUGAAGAGAGCUUAGAAAAACAGAAAGCUGAACUUAUUAAUCAAAAAAGCUGCCUUCUUAAAGUCCUUACAGAUACGAAGAGAAAAAUGACUGAAGAGGAAGAUAAUUUUACUAGAGAAGUAACAGAGUUUAAUAACGAAUAUGGACUAACAAGUAAUAGAGAUCUUCUGAUUAAAAAAAAAUUCAAGGCUGAAAUAAAUGAUUUAGAGAAUGAGGCAGCUCUGUUGGAAAAUGAAAUUGAGUCAAUGGAACAUAAAAAUGUUCAGCUAAAUGCACUCCAGCUGGAGAAGAGUGAAUUAAAACAGUAUUUAUUUACCCUCCAAAGCAAACUCAAAGACCUUGAGAAAGGAAUCAUGGAGGCUGAAAGAAUGACAGAAGAUUUAGAAGCAGAAAAAGUCCAAGUCACUGAAAAACCUCAGACUGAUCCUGAAUGUUUAAGGCUUAAGAAAGAAUUGGAAAAUUGCAAAGAUGAUGAUUGGGAAAGUAUCUGUGAGACUCUUCGAAUUGAAAUUGAAGCUCUGCAAAUGAAUUUAUCACAAAAAAAGCCUUCAGGCAAGUGA